AUGGCCCGUUACUUUAGUAGAGAGCAAUGGCAGAAAAUCAAGGAUAAUAGGCGGCUGGUCUAUUGCACAGUUGUGAUCAAUAUGGGAGCACUCCUUCUGGGGUACGAUAGCGGCAUAGCAGGUGCUAUCAUCCCCCUCCGAGCGUUCAAACACGAUAUGCAAAUUGACGGGACUCGUACCGCGGUUGCAACAGUCAAUUCAAACGUUGUGUCUGUGCUCUUUGGUGGAGCCUUUUUUGGUUCGAUUAUCACCUCAUUUCUAUCAUACUACCUCGGGCGCCGGGCUGCACUGCUGUACAGCAUGAUCCUUUUUGCGCUCGGAGGUGCACUGCAGACGGCGGCAAAGAACUUGCAGUGGAUCUAUGCGGGCCGAUUCGUGUCUGGCCUGGCGGUCGGUGCCACAUCUCUCAUCUCGCCUUACUUUAUUGCAGAAAUUUCCCCUGCCAAACACCGUGCGAGGACUGUAGGCGCAUUCCAAGCGUUUCUAGUCGCAGGCUCUCUGUUGGCGUAUUGGGUAACAUAUGGGUGCGACCUUCAAUUCCAUCCGACUCUGGUCAACGAUAACCCCCCAGUCGGAACCAACACAACGGGAACGACUGACCCGGGCGCCCCAGCUGACCCAGCAACAACUUCGCACCUCGAGUUUCACUCUGCGCAAUGGCGAGUUCCGAUGGGAUUGCAACUCCUUCCUGGUGUGAUUUUCACAGUGCUAAUGAUCGGUGUCUGCGAGAGUCCACGGUGGUUGGCGAGCAAAGAGAGAAAAGAAGAUGCGAUCAGGACUUUGGCGUGGUUAAGGUGUGUGGACAUGGGAAAACAAUCUGAGGGAGAUUCGGAUAGUCAGGUCGGGAGGGAGAAGGAGAAGGAGAAAGGGGAUGAGCAUGGGCCGCAAUCGACGAUGACCACACUUUCGAGGGUCGAUGCUCCGAGUACGCCGGACCAGCGACCUGCCGUGCUUCAACGCCCCGAGAUUGCCGCUAUUCAUGAAGAGUAUGCUGGCAUCCAGGCUCAAUUGGACGAAACUCGCGGUGCGAGCUAUCGUGAACUGGUGAGCCGGGUGAACUUGAAGCGCGUGGCGGUCAGCACGUAUGUGGCCGUGUUCCACAUCUGGACUUUUCAUACAGGGAUCUUGUACUAUGCGCCGACUGUAUUCAAGAGUAUUGGAUUCUCUGAUACAAGGAGCGCAUUGUUGGCAAGUGGAGUUUUUGGUGCUGUCAAGUUCGUAUCUACGAUUCUCGCACUUGCGUUUACCGUCAAUCGAUGGGGUCGCGUGACGGGUAUGGCGGUAGGCACCGGGUUCCAGGGUAUUCUUUUCUUCAUCCUCGGCGCGAUUCUUAAAGUCAAACCUCCCCACCCCGGUCCAAUCGAAUCGGCAAGUAUCGCUAUGAUGGCUAUAAUAUAUCUCUACGUUAUUGUGUACUCUUUUGGAAUGGGCCCACUCCCGUGGGUAUACUCUUCCGAGAUUUAUCCUCUGAGGAUUAGGGAACUUGGACAAAUGUGGUUUACCGCGCUUACUUGGGCGUGCAACUUUGCGACAUCACGGGUUAAAUUGGGAUGGAAGACGUGGAUGUUAUUCGCAGCGCUAAAUCUCGGAGGGGGAAUGUUAUGCUGGAUCAUAUGUCCUGAGACGAAAGGAUUAAGCAUGGAAGAGUUGGAUAUCCUCUUUGGUGCCAUUUCGGCUGAACAGCGCGCGGCGGAUAUUGAGAAAGUUUUACAAGGACAUGCGGAUGGGAGUCGGCUGAAUGUUCCGCCGCGGGAUUAA